CUCGUUGCCUUGACAACACAAUGGUUCACAUGAAAAUCAAGCUUGCUAUGUAAACCACUCCAUGGCGAUUUGUUGAUUGAUUGUGGUCUUAAAAACACAAUAUUUUGCCAAUAAAAUGCCGAUGCCACCGAUUCGUUCCGUUUCGAAACGAAAUGUUUCGCCUCGUGUGUUUCAAGCUCUACAGAAUUUGGAUGUAGAUAACUUAGCGGAAUGUAACGAAGAAGAAAUUCGAGCUGUUAUGCCAUGUUUGGCUAGAAUGAGUUUGAUAGGCCCACUGGACCAAUCUAGUGAAUGCACCAAAUCUCGAAGAAUGGUCUUCCAAAUAUUAUCCGGUCGUGAAAUUGUCAAUUCCAUAGUUGGGUUACUUUCAAUUGAUUUCCAUGCUCUUGAGGUUGACGUCAAGAAAGAACAAAUGCUACGUCAAAAGCUUGGUAAUCAAACUGAAGACUCUGUCUUGAUUCAGUCACUAUCAAACAGUUAUGCACUGGAAUUUGAAAGGAGUGAUCCAACGAGGAAAUUAAGGCUGUUUCUCAGUGAGCUCCUCACACUCAUGGCACAAAGCAAAGAAAUCAGACCAGAAACCACAUACAAAAGCAGUGAACUGUUGGACCAGGAAAUCUAUUUUGAUGAAGUAGCUGAUGUGCUGUGUGUUGCUUUAGCAGAGCUGACAAUUCUGCUACCUAUAACAGAAGUUGCAGAAGCUCUCUUGAGAACACUUCACGGUCCAUCUUUCAUAUGUCGAAUAGUGGCUAAUAUGCCUGAUACUUUCAAUGAAGUUUGCCAGAGUUUGAUUAGCAAUGGUGAAAGAUAUGAAGAAGAAUCCUUCCUUGGACGGGCCAGAUUAGAAACACUUAGAUCCCUCUGCAGGAUGUGCCCAAAUCAGAUUUUGAUGAUCCAACUUAAAUGUGUGGAGAUGUGCAGAAUGCCGGCUCUGGCUGUUUUACUUAGUUUGGACUAUGCAUCCUGCCAUAAAAUGAUCAAAACAGAUAAAAUUGAAACCCAGUUGGGAGAUGUCGUACCGUUUAUCUCUGGUCUACUUUUGGGUGGAGAUGCAAAUAUCCGCACCUGGUUUUCUCUUUUCAUUAGGAAUGGACAAAAGCGACAUGAUCGUGCCACUGCGUUACAUACUUUACGCCAAGAGCUACUGAGAAGUUUGCAGUCGUUUGUUCAAAUGGCUGCUGAUGAGCCGUUACCUGACCGUUGUGCUGUUGAUGCGUCGGCCCUUUUACGACUGUAUUGUGCUUUAAAAGGUAUAGCAGGAAUGAAGUUGUACGACGAAGAAGGUGGGCUUUUAUUGCAAUUAAUUACCUGUCGUCCACCGCCAACCGAAGCUGGCCUUCGUUUCGUUGCCCUGGGACUCUGCAUGCUGAUGGCUUGUCCAUCUCUCAUCGCCUUGCCCGACCAAGAACAAAGCGGUUUUCGAUGGGUGAAAUGGUUGGUGAGGGAAGAAAGCUACUUUGAAAAAUCGCCAGCGACUUCCUCUGGCAAGUGCAUGGAAACAGCGAGGAGCAGUUUUGGAGAGAUGUUAUUACUAAUGGCUAUCCACUUUCACAGUGGACAGUUGAGCGCAGUUUGCGACCUGGUCUGCUCAACGCUUGGCAUGAGGCUUUUACUCCGGCCCGCUUCUACUGCUCGUAUGAAGGUGGCAUUUACUCAAGACAUAUUCCCAGAGCAGGUGGUGACAUCUCACGCUGUCCGAGUGCCCGUCACUCCCGGUUUGAAUGCAGACGUUGCAGGAUUCCUUCCAGUUCACUGCAUCUAUCAGUUGUUGAAAAGCCGAGCUUUUAGUAAGCAUCGCGUGCCGAUCAAGACCUGGGUUUACCGCCAGCUUUGCGAGAGCCGUCCUCCAUUGCAUCCACUUCUUCCUAGUUUGGUCGAAGUUUAUGUUAGCUCGAUCCUGACGUUAUCUCCAUCGAAAAACCAACAGAAUCAAUCGGGCGUAGCUGGUUCCAUUGACAUUGGCCAUGACCCAAUCAGCGAAGAGGAAAUUCGAGUUGUGUUCGCCAACAGUUUUUCCAGGAACGUUCGCCGAGCUAGCACAGACGGGCAGGAGCAUUCCGUCACGGCCCAGCUUUUACUUUUAUAUUACGCUCUACUGUAUGAGGAUACUCGUCUGACUCAAGUCAAAAACUACUUGGUGGCUGGUAUCAAUAUCAAAUCCUAUUCUCAGUCGUUCUUCGCCGAUUUGCCUAUUCGAUAUUUGAUCAGUCAAGCGGAAAAAGAACAACACCUUUAUGCGGGACUCUUUUCACCAUUAUUACGGCUUUUAGCCACUCAUUUUCCACAGCUGUGUUUGGUGGAAGAUUGGAUGUAUGAAGUCAACGAUAGCCAAUUGUCUUCUUUAUGCAGCCCACAUGGAUCUGUUCCAACUUGUUCGUCGCAGACUGUGAGCCAAGCUUUCACCGACGUAGCCGGUUGUCCAGCACCGGCCAUGCUGUUGAUGCAGAAGCUCUUGGCUAUGCCACCAAAAUCAUUGUGGCAAGUGGCGCACUCCUUCAUCUCGCACUUUCGAUCGACCCUCAAUGAAGCUGUUCCCAGACAGGUUCAAGAGAUGUAUCGCCAAGUUUGGUUGAAACUGAACUCGAUCCUGCCUCGUCAACUCUGGGUAAUGACGGCCAAUGCUGUCCGGCUGCAGCUUUCUUUGGAAGAUUGUCCACCUCCUACUCUAACGCAGGAUCAUUUGACGUUUGACCCACUUCACGUUUUGCGGUGUGAUCCACGAGUUUUUAGGUGCCCACCGGCUAUGCAAAUUGUUCUAUACAUGCUCAAAGCAUGGCUAGGUGCAUCUCGAACCCAUUUGUCACGUCAUUUACUCGACAAACCGCUUUUCGGUCCUGUUGCUGCACAAGGGCCUGGCAAUUUGGCAGGAGUCACGUCGGACAGCGAACGUGAAGAGCUUAAAAUGGCCUUGAUCGCUGCACAAGAAAGCUCUGUCGUUCAGAUAGUACUCGAGCUUUGCCUACAGACUCCCGAGGAUGAGGCAAACGAUCAACGGCUUUCAGAACUGCGUGAGAUUCAGAGCAUUGUUUGUUCUUUCCUCCAUCAACUUUUUAUUGCCGAUCCAAAUUUGGUCAAAUUAGUCCAUUUCCAGGGUUAUCCUUCGGCUCUCUUGCCGUUGACGACACAGGGUAUCCCUUCCAUGCACAUUUGUCUCGAUUUUCUGCCCGAGUUACUUGCCCAGCCUAUUAUCGGGGACUUGGCCAAGCAGCUCUUUGCUGUUGAUCUCAUAUCACACCUGUCUUUACAGUACGCACUGCCUAGAUCUUUUAAUGUUGCCCGUCUGGCUGUCAACACUCUAUCCACCCUUCUCAGCGUUUUACCAAGCAAUGGUCGUACGGAAAUUUACCUGCCAGCUCUUCCUGCACUUGUGAGAAUAGCUACAGCUUUUCCACCAUUAGUUGACGACAUUGUGAGCUUUUUGGUUCAAUUGGGACGCGUUUGCUUAUCGCAAUCAUGUCUACACGGCUCGUACGAUCACCGCAUCGUCAGCUCCCUGCUCCGUCAGCUGGAUCACGAGAUGGUUGUUGAUGAGGAGGAAGAAAUGGAGGAAGCAGAAGUCGUUUCGGAAAAAAUCAAGGAAGAAAUUGUCACGCCUCCAGAAGAUGAUGAAAGCCCAAUGGAAGUGGAUAUCAAGAAAGAACGAGAGGAAGGAGAAUUAGAAGAAGGGGAAUUGCCCGAUGCUAAAACUAAUAAUCCGCCCAGCAAUCCAUCUGCACCCGUCGUCCCAAUAGACAGCAAAUCUAAAGCCGUCGAUUUCUCUGCUUCCUCCGACCUGUCUGUGCCUUUCACUCCGACUCAAAUCCGCCAACUGUUCAAAUUGCUUCCGGAAUCGAGUUUAAUGGGCGCCGAAGUCUCUCGGACCUUUUCUCAACUUUGCAACAAAGCCAUUCUACACAAGAAAAUCUACUGAGACACAAUUCUGCACAAUUGAAAAUUCUUUUUUAUGUAUCCUGUUACUUCGCCCAGCAACAGCGACGAUGUGUAUUGUAAAGUAAAUACAAUCAAAAGAGUAUCCAAAAAAAAA